AUGCCCACCGCAGUCUACGCCCCAAGUCCAACCCGUCGAGAGGAUGCCGUCCAAGACGACGCCGACAAGCCUCUGCCUCAUACAAAGGCGCUACGAGUCGAUGCAGAUAGCGACGAUGACGACUCUUCACUUACCACAAUUGACAGUCUCAUCCGUCGUCGGGCAAGGCUACAUCCCUACGACCAUGCGGUCUCGUAUCCCUACUAUGGCAUUGACUUUGUCGACUACAACAUGCAGCAACUCGAUGUCUUCGCGUGGCGUGUCGCCAAACACUACGAAGCUCGACUCCCGGCCCGGCAUUCGUCAGAGGAGAAGCCUACAGUGGUAGGGCUGCUGGGGCCUUCGAAUCUCGAGUAUCUCAUCACCAUGCUCGCAUUGACAAAACUAGGCCACACAGUCCUACUGCUGUCGACGAGGAUAUCGCAGGCUGCUAUUGAGUCCCUGCUGACCACCACUGGAGCUAGCGCCCUGGUAGCCGAGGCGAGGCACCAGGACAUGGCAAAUCUGGUGCGCCAGAGCAUGCCAGGCGUACAGAUCUGUGAGAUUGCCGCCCGGAGUGUCUUUGAGUUCCCAAUCGAUGUCAUAGGCGACACUCGCCUGGACGCCCAUCUUGAUCCCCAGGUGGAAGUGAACAACAUCGCUUGGAUCAUCCACUCGAGCGGAUCGACCGGGCUGCCCAAGCCCAUCUACCAGACCCAGAAGUCAUGCAUGCCCAACUACGCCAUGAGCAUGCGCAUGAAGGCGUUUAUCACCCUGCCUCUGUUCCACAACCACGGCAUCUGCAACUUGUUCCGCGCCGUGUAUGCGCGCCGGUCGCUGCACAUGUACAAUGCCGACCUGCCCCUCACGCAGGACUAUCUGAUCAAGAUCAUGCGCCAGCACAAGUUCGAAAUCUUCUACGGCGUACCUUAUGCCCUGAAGCUACUCGCAGAGACCGAAGAGGGCAUCCGUCUCCUGCAAGAGCUCAAGAUCGUAAUGUACGGCGGCUCCGCCUGCCCCGACGAACUGGGCAAUACCUUGGUGCGCAGCGGUGUGAACCUGGUCGGCCAUUACGGUGCCACCGAGGUCGGCCAGCUCAUGACUUCUUUCCGGCCCCCUGGCGACACAGAAUGGAACUAUGUCCGCGAACACGAUCGGCUGACGCCGUAUCUUCGGUGGGUGCCUCGCGGUCCCAAUUUGUACGAGUGCGUCGUCACAGACGGCUGGCCCGCCAAGGUCCAGUCGAACCAGCCUGAUGGAUCCUACGCGACCAAGGAUCUUUUCGAGCCUCACCCGACCAUUCCUCGAGCCUGGAAAUACAUUGCGCGUCUUGAUGAUACGCUUGUUCUGAGCAAUGGUGAAAAGUUUGGUCCCGUGGGCAUGGAAGGCCAAAUUCGCUCACACAAGAACGUCGCUGAAGCCGUGGUUUUUGGCGCAGGCAGGCCAUACCUCGGUGUCCUGGUGGUACCGGCGGCCCACCUGACUGGAAAGUCGCAGGAAGAUAUUUUAGACGCCAUUUGGCCUGUCGUCAACACCGCGAACAAGAAUGUCGAUGCGUUUGCGCGCAUAUCCAAGAGUAUGGUUCACAUACUCCCCGCGGAGUGCGUUUACCCACGGACCGACAAGGGCAGCAUCAUUCGCCAAGCCUUCUACAAAGCUUUCCAGGAUCAGAUGGAACAGACAUAUGAUGCGCAGGACGUUGGCUCGGGCGAGCUACAGGCGUUCGAGCUGCCGGAGCUUGCCGCCUACAUCAGACAGCUGCUCGAGAGCACGGUCUCCUCGCAGAGCGAAGUUGAGAACGACACAGACUUCUUUCUUCUAGGCCUCGACUCCUUGCAAGCAAUUCAGAUGCGCAGUGAUAUACUCAAGACGGUGGACCUUGGCGGCCAAAAACUUGGGCAGAACGUCGUCUUUGAACACCCAUCCAUCGAAAAGCUUAGUCGCUUCUUGUAUGGCUUGCGCAACGGCACUGAUUCGACCACUGCAGACGUCGAGACCGAGAUGCAAGUCAUGAUUGACAAGUAUGGCAAUUUCAGGUGUGAGGCGGCCACUUCUGUCGUUGUCACCGGUGCAACUGGCUCGCUCGGUGCACACGUGGUCGCCCAGCUCUCCGCCAACCCCGACAUUCACACAAUCUACUGCCUCGUGCGCUCUACUGGUAAUGCGAGCCAAGCUCUCGCCCGGGUCAAGGAGUCCAUGCUUCAGCGGAAGGUGUACCAUGCUCUGCCCCUCUCCUCCCGUCGUAAGAUCGUGGCACUCUCCUCUGAUCUGUCUGAUGCACAGCUGGGCUUGGCUCCCGACGUCUAUGAUGCCGUGGGCCGAAACCUCCGCGCGGUGAUCCAUUGCGCCUGGUCCGUCAACUUCAACAUGCAGCUCACAAGCUUCGAGAAGGGCAACAUUGCAGGCGUCAACCAUCUGCUCGCCCUCUGCAAGUCCUCGCCAACCCGCGCUUCCAUGAACUUCUGCUCCUCCGUCAGUACGUGUGCGCGCUCGACAGUGACCCCUAUACCAGAGACCCUACCAAUUCUGGAGUGGGCGCAAGGCAUGGGAUACGCGCAGUCCAAGUCUGUCGCGGAGCACGUCUGCGCUCGUGCAGCGGCGCAGGGCAUCACGUCUCGUGUGCUUCGCGUCGGUCAGAUUGCCGGCGACACUCAACACGGCGUAUGGAACGCUCAAGAAGCCAUCCCGAUGAUGAUGCAGACCGCUGUCACUAUUGGUGCUUUGCCAAAACUGCCAGAGACGCCGUCGUGGACCCCUGUUGACGUUGUCGCCGCCGCCAUUGCUGACAUAUCUCUCUCCGAGUCGGGCAGCGGAUUUACAAAUGUGACGCACCCCAAGACAUUUAGCUUUGUGGAUGACCUUCUUCCGGCACUCCGCUCAGCUGGUCUUGAUUUUGAGGAAGUAGAGCCAAAGGAGUGGGUGCGUCGUCUGCGUGCGUCGAACCCUGACCCCAAGGUCAACCCGCCCAUCAAGCUCGUUGACUUUUUCGCUUCCAAAUACGACAAGGACGAGUUUGCUCCCCCCAAGCCCUUUGCCACGGACAAGGCAUGCUCCUUGUCGCCGGCGUUGGCCAACGCGCCCGAGGUGAAUGCAUCUUUUGUCAAGAAGUUCAUUGACUACUUUAUGCACAACGCUUGGCAGCGCAGUGGCCCCGUCGAGCGGAGGACGGCCUUCUUCAUGGCUGGCCCUUGCGGCACGGGCAAGACGACCACAGGUACAGCGAUUGCCCAGUGGCUUGGCGUGCCGUUUGCGGAGGGUGACGCGAUACACACGCGCGCCGCGGUGGAGAAGAUGCGAUCCGACACGCCGCUGUCCGACGAGGACAGGGCCGAGUGGCUGAGACGCAUCAGUGCGCGGGCCGUGGAGACCAUUGACGAGCUUGGCUAUGCCUCCGUGGUGGUGAGUUGCUCGGCGCUUCGCGUCGCGUAUCGGGCGGAGAUCCGGGAUCGCCUCUCGCAACGGGGUAUCGACAGCGUGUUUGUGGAUCUUCAGGCAGGGCGCGAAGUGUUGAUCGAGAGGCUCCAAGCCCGCAAGGGGCAUUACAUGAGUGCGAAGAUGGUCGAAGGUCAGCUUGAAGUGUAUGAGGGCGCAUUGCCUGAGGAGACGGAUGUCAUGCCCGUUGAUGCUGAGAAGGGAGAGGAUGAGGUAGCAGAGGAGGUGAAGUGGCUGUUGCGCAAGGCAGGAUUCGCUUGA